AUGGUUAAAGACACAAAGUACUACGAUAUAUUGGGUGUAAAGCCAAAUGCCAGUGCUGAUGAUAUUAAAAAAGCUUACCGAAAACUCGCUUUGAAACUUCAUCCUGACAAAAAUCCUGAUAAUGAUCCAGAACAGUUUAAACUACUUUCACAAGCGUAUGAGACAUUGGCGGAUGAUAAAAAACGUCAAAUCUAUGAUCAAGGUGGUGAACAAGCACUGAAAGAAGGUGGCGUCGGAGCCGGCCACUUUAGUUCACCAUUUGAUUUAUUUGAUGCGUUUUUCGGUGGUAGUGGCGGACGUCGUUUUGGUGGCGGUGGUGAACAACGUGGAAAAAAUCUUGUACAUCAGUUAGCUGUAUCCUUAGAAGAAUUAUAUAAUGGUGCAGUCAGAAAAUUAGCAUUACAAAAAAACGUUAUUUGUGAUAAGUGUGAAGGACGUGGUGGAAAGAAAGGUGCCGUUCAAAAAUGUUCAACGUGUCAUGGUAGUGGUUAUGUGAUUCGUGUCAAUCAAUUAGCACCAGGAAUGAUUCAACAAAUUCAAUCUCAUUGUUCUGAGUGCGAUGGAAAAGGAGAAAAAAUAAAUCAAAAAGAUAAAUGUAAAACUUGUGAUGGAAAAAAAAUUGUGCGUGAAAGAAAAAUUAUUGAAGUACAUAUUGAUAAAGGAAUGGAAGAUGGAAAGAAGAUUACGUUCAGUGGAGAAGGAGAUCAAGAGCCGGGUCUGGAACCGGGCGAUAUUGUUGUUGUAUUAGAUGAAAAAGAACAUCCAGUAUUUAAACGUGAUAAAACCGAUUUACAUAUGACAAUGUCGAUUACGUUGAGUGAAGCUCUGUGUGGCUUUCAAAAAGUGAUAAAUACACUCGAUAGUAGAGUACUUGUUAUCACGUCGCUCCCAGGCGAUAUAAUCAAACCUGGUGACAUCAAAUGUUUAUUAAACGAAGGCAUGCCGGUUUAUCGUAAUCCAUUGGAUAAAGGUCGCCUCGUAUUGCAUUUUGAUGUAAAAUUUCCUGAAAAAAAUGAAAUUAACAAUAAAAAUUUAGCAACGCUAGAAAGUUUAUUACCACCUAGACCAGUUGUCAGAGCACCACCUGAUGCUGAAGAAUGUUCUCUAACUGAAUUUGAUCCAAGACAAAAUCGAAAUCGGCAUGAUGCAUACGAGGAGGAUGAUCCAAGACAAGGUGGGCCAACACAAGUUAAUUGUGCCACACAUUAA